AUGAGCGGAUUUUCAGUACCAGGCAUCGGGCAUCAGCCUAGUCACAUGAAGAGAACACCUAUCACUGUUUCCCUAGAGACUAGACCUUAUUGGUUUAAGUCUAUCGGCAGGCAUCCAGUUCAGUUGUGAUUCAUAAUGAUUUGAUUCAGUCAGUAUUCUUAUAGUGUAACUAUCAACCUGGUUGGUUUCACAACAGAAGAGCAUCUGAGGAAACUACACUGAACAAAAAUAUGAACGCAACAUGCAACAAUUUCAAAGAUUUGACUGAGUUCAUAUAAGGAAAUCAGUCAAUUUAAAUAAAUUAAGUAGGCCCUAUUCUAUGGAAUUCACAUGACUGGGAAUACAGAUAUUAAUCUGUUGGUCACAGAUCCCUUUAAAAAAGGUAGGUGCGUGGAUCAGAACCAGUUAGUAUCUGGUGUGACCACCAUUUGCCUCAUGCAGCGCGACACAUCUCCUUCGCAUAGAGUUGCUCAGGCUGUUGAUUGUGGAAUGUUCUCCCAUUCCUCUUCAAUGGCUGUGUGAAGUUACUGGAUAUUGGUGGGAACUGGAACACGCUGUCGUACACGUCGAUCCAGAGCUUCCCAAACAUGCUCAAUGGGUGACAAGUCUGGUGAGUAUGUAGGCCAAUGAAGAACUGGGACAUUUUCAGCUUCCAGGAAUUGUGUCCAGUUCCUUGUGACAUGGUGCCGUCCAUUAUCAUGCUGAAACAUGAGGUGAUGGUGGCGGCUGGAUGGCACAACAAUGGGCCUCAGGAUCUCGUCACAGUGUCUCUGUGCAUUAAAAUUGGCAUAGAUAAAAUGCAAUUCUGUUCAUUGUCCAUAGCUUAUGCCUGCCCAUACCAUAACCCCACCGCCACCAUGGGGCACUCUGUUCACAACGUUGAUAUCAGCCCGGUAGAGUUGAAACUGAGAUUCAUCCCUGAAGAGCACACUUCUCCAGCCUGCCAGUGGCCAUCGACGGUGAGCAUUUGCCCACUGAAGUUGGUUACGACACCGAACUGCAGUCAGGUCAAGACCCUGGUGAGGAUGCAGAUGAGCUUCCCUGAGACGCUUUUUGACAAUUAGUGCAGUUUCAUCAGCUGUCCGGGUGGCUGGUCUUAGACGAUCCCGCAGGUGAAGAAGCCGGAUGUGGAGGUCCUGGGUUGGCGUGGUUACACGUGGUCUACGGUUGCGAGGCUGGUGGUGGACCAUUCACACGGGAAACUGUUGAGCGUGAAAAACCCAGCAGCGUUGCAGUUCUUGACACAAACCAGUGCGCCUGGUACCUACUACCAUACCCCGUUCAAAGACACUUUGUCUUGCCCGUUCACUCUCUGAAUGGCACACAAACACAAUCCAUGUCUCAAGGCUUAAAAAUCCUUCUUUCAUCUGGCUCCUCCCCUUCAACAACACUGAUUGAAGUUGAUUUAACAGGUGACAUCAAUAAGGGAUCAUAGCUUUCACCUGGAUUCACCUGGUCAGUCUGGCAUGGAAAGAGCAGGCGUUCAUAGCUUUCACCUGGUCAGUCUGGCAUGGAAAGAGCAGGCGUUCAUAGCUUUCACCUGGAUUCACCUGGUCAGUCUGUCAUGGAAAGAGCAGGCGUUCAUAGCUUUCACCUGGUCAGUCUGUCAUGGAAAGAGCAGGCGUUCAUAGCUUUCACCUGGUCAGUCUGGCAUGGAAAGAGCAGGCGUUCAUAGCUUUCACCUGGUCAGUCUGCAUGGAAAGAGCAGGCGUUCAUAGCUUUCACCUGGUCAGUCUGGCAUGGAAAGAGCAGGCGUUCAUAGCUUUCACCUGGUCAGUCUGGCAUGGAAAGAGCAGGCGUUCAUAGCUUUCACCUGGUCAGUCUGGCAUGGAAAGAGCAGGCGUUCAUAGCUUUCACCUGGUCAGUCUGUCAUGGAAAGAGCAGGCGUUCAUAGCUUUCACCUGGUCAGUCUGGCAUGGAAAGAGCAGGCGUUCAUAGCUUUCACCUGGUCAGUCUGGCAUGAAAGAGCAGGCGUUCAUAGCUUUCACCUGGUCAGUCUGCAUGGAAAGAGCAGGCGUUCAUAGCUUUCACUCUGGUCAGUCUGGCAUGGAAAGGGCAGGCGUUCAUAGCUUUCACCUGGUCGUCUGUCAUGGAAAGAGCAGGCGUUCAUAGCUUUCACCUGGUCAGUCUGUCAUGGAAAGAGCAGGCGUUCAUAGCUUUCACCUGGUCAGUCUGCAUGGAAAGAGCAGGCGUUCAUAGCUUUCACCUGGUCAGUCUGGCAUGGAAAGAGCAGGCGUUUCAUAGCUUUCACCUGGUCAGUCUGGCAUGGAAAGAGCAGGCGUUCAUAGCUUUCACCUGGUCAGUCUGGCAUGGAAAGAGCAGGCGUUCAUAGCUUUCACCUGGUCAGUCUGUCAUGGAAAGAGCAGGCGUUCAUAGCUUUCACCUGGUCAGUCUGGCAUGGAAAGAGCAGGCGUUCAUAGCUUUCACCUGGUCAGUCUGGCAUGGAAAGAGCAGGCGUUCAUAGUUUUGUACCCUUGUGUGUAUACACCACCUGACCUUAACACUCAAAGUUCAGAGUUCACCUUUCACUCAAAUACUGAGCCACCAACAACCAUCAUCCACUAUCAACAUGGUAUUAAUGUUGAACUGAUGUCUGAAAUGAGGCCUUGUCUGUUUGGUAUGGGCCAGUGUUUCUUACCUGUUCAACAUACUGGAACAUAUAUUAGUGAUUAACAUUAGGAGAAACAUGGAUCUUAGAUCUCUAUUUGUAUUUCAGUUACACUAACACACAUGUCUUUCCAUCUCUUAUCUCUGAUUUUCUUUCUAUCUUCCAUUUCUUCUCCUUCUUUUUACCGCAUUCUGUUCCUCUCUUCUUAAUCAUUCUCUCUCCCUGCCUCACUUGACGCUCCCUCCCAUUUUGAGAGAGAGAGAGAGAGAGAGAGAACAGAGAGAGAGAGAGAGAGAGAGAGAGAGAACAGAGAGAGAGAGAGAGAGAGAGAGAGAGAAACAGACAGACAGAGAGAGAGAGAGAGAGAGAGAGAGAGAGAGAGAGAGAGAGAGAGAGAGAGCGAGAGCGAGCUGUGGUGGGGGAGGAGCCAGAAGGGCCGCCUCCUUCUUCCUGACUAUAAAUGGGAGCAGAACGUUUCCUCUCUUCUCUCUCUCUGAGUCUCUCUGUCUGGAGAAUGAGGUCCUUGAAGCACCUGAAACAUCACAACAGGAAGAAUGUGGUGAGUUCUGGGCUGGUAACCACAGGAUUAAGGUUAACAUUUCCCUUUGGUGUGUUCAGUAGUGUGGUUUAGUGGUGAAUAGUUUGAGAGUGUUGAGAAGGAGAAAAUGUGAUAGUUGUUGUUUAAAACGUUCUCCCUCCUUUUAGGUGAAAUCUUUCUCUAACUCCACAUUUCUGUCCCAACAGCCUCAAAUGUCUGUUUAAAGCUCUUAUCUCUCUCUCGGUCUCUCUCUCUCUCUCUCGGUCUCUCUUUCUCUUCAUGAUUGAAUCUUUCAUUUGUUGCAUUUGUAAUAUCUUGGCAGAUGAGAGGCAAGUAGAACAAGCGAAAGAGCGGGCACAAUGAGACGCGAAAGUAGGAAAGAAGAGCAGCAAGAGGGCGGGAGGGGAAGGAGAGAGGCGGAACGAACGAACAAACAGCGCGCAGAAGCAAGGAGUGAGGGACGCGGGGGAGCAGAGAAGGAGAGAGAGAGAGAGAGAGCAGAGAGAGAAGCGAAGAGAGGAAGAGAGAAGAGCGAGAGACGCGAGCGAAGAGAAAGGAGAAUAGAGUCUGAGAGAGAGGCAUCGUCGCUCGAGAUAUCGAUCUCUGCUAUAAUAGUCUCGUCUCUCUAUCUCCAGCUCUCUCUCCUCUCGCUUCUCUCUAUAUCUCUCGCCUCUCUUCUCUCUUCUCUCCUCUCUCUCUCUCUCUGCUCUCUCUCUCUCUCUCUCUCUCUCUCUCUCUCUUCCUCACCCCAACGACCUUUGGUUACUGGCCCAAUGCUCUUAACUGAUAGGCUACUCGUUGUGUUAUGAUAUAGAUGAUGGUUGACCAGGGGUGUGUGAUAUUAUUGAUGAUGGUUUGACCAGGGGCUGAUAGGUGAUAUAUUGAUGUGGUUGACCAGGGGCUGAUAGGUGAUAUAUGAUGAUGGUGACCUAGGUGAUAUUUGAUGAGGUGAUAUUAUUGAUGAUGGUUGACCGGGCUGUGCUAGGUGAUUAUUAUUGAUGAUGGUUGACAGGGCGGAUAGGUGUAUAGUAUUGAUGAUGGUUGACCAGGGGCGGAUAGGUUGAUAUUAUUGAUGAUGGUUUUGACCCAGGGGCUGAUAGGUGAUAUUAUUGAUGAUGGUUGACCAGGGGCUGAUAGGUGAUAUUAUUGAUGAUGGUUGACCAGGGGCUGAUAGGUGAUAUUAUUGAUGAUGGUUGACCAGGGGCUGAUAGGUGAUAUUAUUGAUGAUGGUUGACCAGGGGCUGAUAGGUGAUAUUAUUGAUGAUGGUUGACCAGGGGCUGAUAGGUGAUAUUAUUGAUGAUGGUUGACCAGGGGCUGAUAGGUGAUAUUAUUGAUGAUGGUUGACCAGGGGCUGAUAGGUGAUAUUAUUGAUGAUGGUUGACCAGGGGCUGAUAGGUGAUAUUAUUGAUGAUGGUUGACCAGGGGCUGAUAGGUGAUAUUAUUGAUGAUGGUUGACCAGGGGCUGAUAGGUGAUAUUAUUGAUGAUGGUUGACCAGGGGCUGAUAGGUGAUAUUAUUGAUGAUGGUUGACCAGGGGCUGAUAGGUGAUAUUAUUGAUGAUGGUUGACCAGGGGCUGAUAGGUGAUAUUAUUGAUGAUGGUUGACCAGGGGCUGAUAGGUGAUAUUAUUGAUGAUGGUUGACCAGGGGCUGAUAGGUGAUAUUAUUGAUGAUGGUUGACCAGGGGCUGAUAGGUGAUAUUAUUGAUGAUGGUUGACCAGGGGCUGAUAGGUGAUAUUAUUGAUGAUGGUUGACCAGGGGCUGAUAGGUGAUAUUAUGAUGAUGUUGACCAGGGGCUGAUAGGUGAUAUUAUUGAUGAUGGUUGACCAGGGGCUGAUAGGUGAUAUUAUUGAUGAUGGUUGACCAGGGGCUGAUAGGUGAUAUUAUUGAUGAUGGUUGACCAGGGGCUGAUAGGUGAUAUUAUUGAUGAUGGUUGACCAGGGGCUGAUAGGUGAUAUUAUUGAUGAUGGUUGACCAGGGGCUGAUAGGUGAUAUUAUUGAGAUGGUUGACCAGGGGCUGAUAGGUGAUAUUAUUGAUGAUGGUUGACCAGGGCUGAUAGGUGAUAUUAUUGAUGAUGGUUGACCAGGGGCUGAUAGGUGAUAUUAUUGAUGAUGGUUGACCAGGGGCUGAUAGGUGAUAUUAUUGAUGAUGGUUGACCAGGGGCUGAUAGGUGAUAUUAUUGAUGAUGGUUGACCAGGGCUGAUAGGUGAUAUUAUUGAUGAUGGUUGACCAGGGGCUGAUAGGUGAUAUUAUUGAUGAUGGUUGACCAGGGGCUGAUAGGUGAUAUUAUUGAUGAUGGUUGACCAGGGGCUGAUAGGUGAUAUUAUUGAUGAUGGUUGACCAGGGGCUGAUAGGUGAUAUUAUUGAUGAUGGUUGACCAGGGGCUGAUAGGUGAUAUUAUUGAUGAUGGUUGACCAGGGGCUGAUAGGUGAUAUUAUUGAUGAUGGUUGACCAGGGGCUGAUAGGUGAUAUUAUCGUAGUUUGUAAAGAUGAUGUGUUGACAGCAGUACUAACCCUAACCCUAACCCUAACCCUGUCUCUCUCCCUGUUUGUGUCUUAGGAGGAAGCCAGCAGGCACCUGGUUAGAUGUGAGCCCAGGGCUAUGGCCAGACAGGUUGAUUCUGGCACUCAGACUGAUCCUGUGGUGGUUCUGUCUCUAGCCCAGGCUGCUGUGCUGGGGCUCAUCUCUCAGAAUGAGGUGUUUGGUGCUACCAUCGCUCCUAAUGGCUUCUACACAGGAGAACCUAAAGAGUCCCCUGCCCUGCCUGUAGAGGGGGUGGACUACGAAUACGCUGAUCAGCUGAUAGGAGCUAACGGAGAUUACCUGGGAGACAACCUGCCUGAAGACGGACACAUGCAGCCCAGCUGUAGCCAGAGGAGGUGGCACGGACCACCCCCCGAGGGGAAGAUGGUAGGGCCCGAGCGCCAUGCUGGAGUGCCUGUGGACGGGUCAUCCCAAGUGAAAGGGGAGGGGGUUAUCUCUGGCCUGACGUCCUGUGUCCACAUGCUGAACAACCUAGCUACUACUAGAGGGGGAUUGGUCCAGGUUGACCCCGCCUCUCUCCGUGCCGCUGCCCAAAAAGGCUGUGCCGAGUGUGACAGAGACAUGUCCAGCCAGCAGGCUAACGCACACUCCCAGGCCGGCCACAGCCAUAAAGGGGAGCCGGGGCAUCGAGGCCUGCAGGGGCAGAGGGGGCUGGGGCAUCAGGCGAGAGGGAGGGGGGAGGAGGAGGAGGAGGGAGAGGUGGAGCAGAGAAACAGCAUGAUGAAAGGAGGACAGGAGGAGACUAUCAGCAGCUACUUCCAGUCCAGCGAGGUGGGGGGGUAUGAGGGGGGGGAGAUCUACCAUGAGAACAGCCAGGGUAUGAUGUGGGGCGACCAGCUGGAGCAGGGGGUGGGGGGAGGAGGAGGAAGAGGAGGGACCCAUCGUCACCAUGGCCGGAGGGUUGACCGUCUAGACAUCAACAUCCAGAUAGAUGAGUCGUACUGCGUGGACGUGGGGGAGGGGCUGAAGAGAUGGAAGUGUCGUAUGUGUGACAAGUCUUACACCUCCAAGUACAACCUGGUAACUCACAUCCUGGGUCACCAGGGUAUCAAGCCCCACGCCUGCCCCCACUGUGGGAAGCUGUUUAAACAGCCCAGCCACCUGCAGACCCACCUGCUCACCCACCAGGGAACAAGGCCUCAUAAAUGCAGCGUGUGUAAGAAGGGUUUCACCCAGACCUCCCACCUGAAGAGACACAUGCUGCAGCACACCGACAUCAAACCUUACAGCUGCCGCUUCUGUCGCCGUGGCUUCGCCUACCCCAGCGAGCUCCGCGCCCACGAGACCAAACACGAGCGCGGGCGCUGCCACGUGUGUUCCCAGUGUGGCAUGGAGUUCCCCACCUACGCCCAUCUGAAGCGCCACCAGACCAGCCACCAGGGAGCCACUACCUACCAGUGUACAGAGUGCAACAAGUCCUUCACCUACCGCAGCCAGCUGCAGAACCAUCUACUGAAACACCAGAGUCCUCGGCCGUACUCCUGCUCCCACUGCGGACUGGAGUUUGUCCAGCUACACCACCUCCGCCAGCACACCCUCACACACAAGGUACCUAACUCUGACCCCUGA